CUGACGUAAUUUCGUAUGUUGAGGGUUUUAUUUUACAGUUUUGUGUCUUAUUGAAUUUUACUUUUAUAGAAUUUCCGUUGAUCCUAUAUAAUUAAACAUAGUAUAAUGACUUCCGAACUUAAAUUUAAUUUCGGAAAUAUGAGCCUCAGUACUAUUCAUAGUGAUGAUAUGAAGGAUAGAAAACGUCCGCGUCAAAAUGCCACAGAUGCAAGGUCAGACAAGAACGUUCCAUUUAUUGAAGAGGAUGCAUUUUCCGAUAUAGUUCUGGUUGUUGAAGGCAAACGUCUCUACACUUCUAGGUCACUCCUAUCUAUGUCGUCACCAGUUUUGACACGGCUGUUACAAUCUCCGGAGUUCAAAGAAAAACGAGAGAUUCAACUUACAGGAAAGAAAUAUGAACAUAUUUUGGAAUUGCUCUAUAUUCUACAUCCUGCAUAUCAGAGAAAACUGUCAGAUCAAAGCAUCUUUAUGAUUCUGUCAUUGGCUGAGGAAUAUCAGAUUUGGAAUUUAAAACAAAAAUGCGAAGAGAGUUUACUUCUUUGUUUGAACAAUGAGAAAAGUCAGAAUGAAGAGCUUCUUCUAAAAUGCCUUCAUGCUUCCGACGAAUUUAAACUGUUUGCCUUGUGGACUAAAUGUCUACAAAUCAUUUCUAAACCCUCUUUGAGUAUUACAUCAUUGCAACGAAGCAGUGGCUACGAGGAUUUGUCACGGUUUUUGAAAAGUAUGCUGGAAGCUUUCAAGGGAAUAGCGCGGGAGGAGGUUUCGAAACCCGUUACACAUCAAUCGUUGUCUUCAGGAAGAAGAGAUAGUACCCACUUUGUAAAUGAGACUAACCUAAAGAAGGCAUAUUCUACUUCGUUUACACAAACUAAAAGUUGA